CUGGUUAAAGUGCAAAAACAGGUAUUUGAUCUCAUGCCUCACCUCUGUUCCACUCAUGCUGGACCCGCCCUCUAUUGCUCUGCCACACUUUAAAUACUGCACAACACAGAACAAACAGUUAGGGAACCGAGAGAAGGACAUAGAAAGAUAUAAACUGGGUUGUAAUGAACAUUUAAUAGAAGAGAGAUGGAACUCUCUAGCUCAUUGGUGUUGGUUUUAGUCUUUGUUGUGUUGAUGUUGGUCAAAUGGAAGAGGAAGGCGAGUGGACUUUCUUUGCCUCCAGGGCCACUAGCACUGCCACUGGUUGGAAAUUUGCCAAUAAUGGACAAGAGUGCACCCUUUAAAAGCUUUAUGAAGUGGAGUAAAACCUAUGGGCCUGUGAUGACGGUGUACAUAGGACUCCAAAGAACGGUGGUUCUGGUUGGUUAUGAUACAGUGAAAGAGGCUCUAGUGGACCAGGCAGACGACUUCAAAGGCAGAGCACCCGUUCCCUUUCUGUACAGAGUUCUGAGAGGCUAUGGUUUGGCCAUCAGUAAUGGAGAUCGUUGGCAACAGCUCAGGCGGUUCACUCUCACCACAUUGAGGGAUUUUGGAAUGGGACGCAAACAAAUGGAACAAUGGAUUCAAGAAGAGAGCAGGCAUUUGCUGGACAGUUUUGAAGAAACCAAAUCAACACCAGUCGACCCAACCUUCUUUAUGAGCCGGGCUGUGUCCAAUGUGAUCUGUUCUCUGGUGUUUGGGCAGCGCUUUGAUUAUGAAGACAAAAACUUCUUGCACUUGCUUCAGAUACUUUCCAGACUCAUUCGCUUUGGCAGCAGCCCUUGGGGUCAGAUGUACAACAUCUUCCCUAAACUAAUGGAGUUUUUGCCUGGUAGACAUCAUGCCAUGUUUAGAGAGGUAGAGGACAUCAAAGCCUUCAUUAUGACAAAAAUCAAGGAGCAUGAGCAGAAUUUAGACUUCAAUGACCCAAAUGACUUUAUCGACUGCUUCCUUAUAAGACUCAAAGAGGAGAAACAAAAUCCUGACACAGAAUUCCACAAGGAUAACAUGCUGGCGACUGUUUUAAAUCUGUUCGUAGCUGGUACAGACACCACCAGCACAACUAUCAGAUAUGCCUUGAUGCUGUUGAUCAAGCACCCCCACAUACAGGAGCAAAUGCAGAGGGAGAUUGAUCGAGUUAUUGGACAGAACAGAAACCCUACAAUGGAUGACAGGAAGUCCCUCCCAUUUACUGACGCUGUCAUUCAUGAAGUACAACGCUAUAUGGACAUUGCCCCACUAAAUUUUCCCCACUAUGCCACGCAUGACAUCUCAUUCAGAGGUUAUUUAAUACCAAAGGACACUGUAAUUCUUCCCAUGCUACACUCUGUCCUAAGGGAUGAGGGACAGUGGGAAACUCCUUGGACAUUUAACCCAGAGAACUUUCUGGAUGCCAAUGGGAACUUUAAAAAGAAUCCAGCCUUUUUCCCUUUUUCUGCAGGUAAACGCUCUUGUGUGGGCGAGUCUCUGGCUCGUAUGGAGCUCUUUCUGUUCAUCGUGUCUCUGCUUCAGAGGUUCAGCUUCAGUAGUCCAAAGGGUCCAGAUAGCAUUGACCCCACUCCUGAAUUCAGCAGCUUUGGCAACGUGCCUCGAUUCUAUGAUCUUAUUGCAUCCCCCCGCUAAGCAACAUGAAUACUGCUGCUUGUCUCAUUUUACAAACUGAGUACAAAUGGAUCAAAGCUACUUUAGGAUGUAUAUUUUUUUAUAUAAGAUUUUUUAAUGAGCCUAUUUUGUCAAAAUUACCUGAAAAGCAGUCUUGCAUUAAUGCUAUAAUGCAGAGCUUCUCAAAUUUCCAAGUACAACCUUUGAUCAAAUCACCAAGUCUCUUUGCGUGCAAGUUUAAGAGCAAUUUUUGUUGCAUUGAAAAUAAUUAGGCAAUCACCUAAGCAAAAUUUUGGGCUGCCUGCAUUGCCAGAGAAAGAAGAAUUUAAUUACUUCUGUGUAUGAAAUGUGAUGUACAUAGAAAAUAGUUUUGCAUUACCAUGUCUAAGUGAAUGAGACAAGAGAUAAAGGCUGGUCCCUGCAAAAUAAUAUAUUUUUGCAUGAACUAACAGUGUAAUCAGUAAUGUCUUUCUUUAACUGAACACUUUUGGUCCCUUACUGAAUUUGAAAAUCACUGACAGAUAAUUCAACAAACUUUCCAUUAUUUUGAGACAGAAAACAGUAUCUGGUGUUGGUAUCAUCAGCUUUGCUAUAGAUGCAAUGAUUUAAAUGUUUUACUUUUUAAAUUGAUACAUAAAAUUAAAUAAUAAUAAAAAAACUUUACCAAAUAAAUAAAACUAAGUGGUUUGUCCAAA